UCAUGAUCCAAACAGAAGGAGAAGAGACUCGAUUUGAUUCGCAUCCCGCGUUGGGCGCCGAUUUUUGACGCGCCACCACACGCGCCACCGGAUUCCCCCAAAAUUUAGAACCAAAAUACUACUACACCAAUUGAAAAGGCUGUCGAGAUGAUGGAAUCGCCCAACGGUUCUACAGCAGAGAGCUUGACCAAGAAAUCGGAUGUGUCGGAUCGCGAUCACUUACAGAUUUCUGUGAAGCUGGGUCAAGAUCCGGAACUGAACCCGAAAGAGGAUCCCGCUUCUCGUCAAAGGGACAAUGCUGAGAUAACUGAUGAAUAUUCUUCGUCAACAACAAUACCGGUAGCUUCAUCGCCCUCGACGACGGCCAACCGAUCGAAGAAGUCAGUUCGGUGGAGUCAGGAUUUGGUGGAAGAGCGAACUUUGCCACCGUUAGAGAACGGUGAUGAUGAUUACGAAUCAUCGAAUCCGUAUGUGAAUCGUACUCGGGAAUCGUCGAAUUCUCCCGCAUUCAACAUCAACAAUUCCAUGGUUAAUAUUAAAGAUGCAUUUGGUAGAUGGAGAAAGAAGGUUGGAGAAGCUACAAAAAAAGCAGAAGACCUUGCCGGAAACACUUGGCAACAUUUGAAAACGGCUCCUAGUCUCACAGAUGCUGCCUUGGGAAGAAUUGCCCAGGGAACUAAAGUUCUAGCAGAAGGAGGUUAUGAGAAGAUUUUCCGACAGACAUUUGAUACAGUCCCUGAAGAGCUACUUCAAAAUUCAUAUGCCUGUUACUUGUCAACUUCAGCUGGCCCUGUGAUGGGGGUUUUAUACGUUUCUACGGCCAAGCUUGCAUUCUGUAGUGACAAUCCACUGUCAUAUAAAGCUAAUGACAAGACCGAGUGGAGCUAUUAUAAGGUGAUCAUCCCAUUACAGCAGCUGAAAGCAGUUAACCCUUCUUGUAGCAGAGGCAAUUCUGGUGAGAAAUAUAUUCAAGUGAUAUCCAUCGACAGCCAUGAGUUUUGGUACAUGGGUUUUCUCAACUACGAUGGUGCCGUCAGAUGUCUACAAGAUGCCCUACAAGCGCGCAUUUCACGUUCGGUGUGAUCACAAAUGCUUCUUUUUUUCUUUCUUUCUGGGAAAGAGUACUGAGGAUGGGAUGGCAAUUGUUGUAAAAGAAGACUCAUUUAUGAAGGUGUAGAAAUGGUGGUGGACUUGAUUGCUUUUCUAUACAUACACAUUUGAGUCCAAUGGCUUUGUAAUUUAUUUUCAUUUCCUUGGCUGAGUUAAUAAUUUCUAGUAUAAUUUGACAUCCAAGUUUUGGCUUUUUUUGACUUUAGGUUUCGGGUUUUUAUUUGUGUUUGACAAGUGUUUACUUUUCUAAUAGUGAAGUGCAUUAAAAUAC